ACACUUUUGACUUUCACUCUGCUGUUUGCUCCUCAACGUUUCAAGUAAAACUUAAUUUAAUUAAAAUUUCCUAAAAUUUGAAAUUAAGAAAUUUUCAAAUCCAAACUUUGUUUUAUACUUGUUCUGCUCUGUCCAGUAGUUUAGGAUUUCUUUUGACAACGAGUGACACUUUUGUUGUGAAACUAAGAAAUUUAAAAGUUUAGAAUCUAAAGUUUUUUUAGAUACAAAACUCGAGUAAUUAAUUAAUUAGUGAGCAAAGCUCGAUAAGCAAUAUGCCGCGUUACAAUAAUGACGGUCGAAGUAAUAAAUUCGUCCACAUGUUGGGGUCGUCGGAAGGAAGGAAGAAAUUUGAUCAAGAUGACCGAAACAAGUUCAAAUUUACCCUUAACAAGGGUGGGAUUCAGAGAAAGAAUCGUGGUGGGGGUGCCUUCGCACGUCUUGAUGCCACUGGGGAUACCGUUAUGGACCCGUCGGAGCCAAGUAGUAGUCGGUCUGGGCAUGUUCAUUUUGAAGGUGCACCUCGAGGGAAGAAGUUUGGUGGGAAUAAUAAGCAAUGGAGAAAGCAAAAUCAACAAGGGAAAAACAAUGCUCAUAUAUUUGGUCCUUUAUGGCAUAAAAUUCUGAUAUUAAAUGGAAAGGCGUAUGCGAAAGAAUUUGUUCUACCAGCACUUGGACAACGAUGCCGGAUUCCAUUUGUUCCGAUUUGUUAUUCAGUGUACGGAGCCAAUACUGCGUUUUAUGUGGAAGGUCGCUCAAUGGCGGAAGCCCUAGCGGAAUGUAGCGGACAAAUAAUGUCAUCUGAUGGACAAACUAUUAUCGCUAUGAGAGUCACCCCAUCAGGUGCCCCACCCACCGCACACAUCGAUGAAGCUUGCGAAGCGAGGAUUAAAACCGUCCUAGAUCUGAGAUAUAAUAGCGCUAUGCACACUCUAAAUCUGGAGAACUUUUACAUGAGUCCGGAAUUUGUGAACGACUACUUUCUCCCCUUAUAUCGACCAAGUGUUGUCCAGAAACUUACAGAGUUACUUCAACCACAUCUUGAUUCAAUUGUCGGAUUGGAUUUGUCAAAUAAUAAACUGCCCGCGUUGGAUGGCUUGAGUAAAAUUAUUAACAAAUCUACAGCGCUAAAGGCACUCAACUUGAGAGGAAAUAAGAUUCGCGAAAUGCAGUCAUUAGAUCGGAUAUCUGCUCCAUCAAUUAUUGAACUGAUCUUGGAAGGAAAUCCAGUUUGUGAUAAUACUGAAGACAAGGAAGCGUUUAUCAGCUCCGUUAGAAAACGAUUUCCCAAGGUUAUAAAAUUGGACGGAAAUGACCUUGCGCCUCCUCUCUCCUUUGAUGUUCAUGAACCAAGUAAGAUGCCGGAAAUUCAAGGAUCCUCUUUCUGCAAUGAGCAAGCAAAGUCUGUCGUACUACGAUUUUGGGAACUUUAUGUUUCUAUAUUUGACUCGGACGAUCGUCAACCACUGUUAAAUGCGUACCACGACACUGCGAGUAUGUCAAUGAUGUCGUCGUAUUCCCAAUCGGGUCACGUUUCGCAAGUUGAAUCCUCAAAAAAAUUAAGCUACUAUCUCUCAGACAGCAGAAAUUUCAUAAGACAGACUGACAAAACGAAGAGAUUUAAGCUACUUCACCAAGGAAAACUGGAUAUUGUGUCUUUUCUAACGAAAUUCCCAAAGACGAAACAUGAUACGAAUUCAUACCUCAUAGAUAUGCCUGUUGCAGUGGAAAAUUUUAUCCUGUUUAAUGUGACUGGAAUAUUUAAAGAACGUGACGAAAGAAAUACACCGUUCAGAUAUUUUUGUCGGACGUUCACUCUCGUUCCACAAAAUUCUGGUUUCGUAAUCAUCAAUGAAAUGAUUUACGUUACGAAUCCGACAUCCGAGCAAAUCAAGCACGCAUUCCGCCAACCAGCCCCUACUCCAAGUCCGAGUCCAAUUCCACAAGUACCAGGACCUGCUAUCCUUUCGGAUGAUGAGCGUCGCCAGAUGCUUGUGUCAUUUUCAGCACAGUCUGGAAUGAAUGAUGAAUGGUCCAGGAAAUGCCUCGAAGAAAACGGAUGGGACUUCAACAAGAGCGCCGUUAUUUUCACUCAGCUUAAAGAACAGAACAAAGUUCCCCCAGAGGCUUUUAUAAAAUAGCAACUCAUCAAUUAAUUAGUUAUAUAUUUAUGUACACUGGGUUAUACUGUCCGAUUUUUAAAUACAAUUUGUUAUCUGACAGUAUUAUAUAUUAUAUAAUCAAUAAUGUUUUUGAUUAGAGAUAAAAAAAAUAACGAAUAAAUACAAUAAGAACAUUUUUUAUUUAAAAAGA